GGCGUGCACGGUGUCGGCGGGAGACGGUGGCAGCAUGCCGCUGGUCACCGCGAUCACCAAGGACGCGGCCACCUCCCUCUACACCGCGCCGCUCAAGGACACUCAGCCCCUCGUCCUCGACCUCUCCGGCCCCAUCGUCUGGACCACCUGCGCCGUCUCCGGCGACACCGCGUCGGGGGACGUGACGCGCGUCACGCUCUCCGCCAACGCCACCGACGGGAAGAAUCCUCUGUAUCAGGUGUCGUUCACCGCCGUGGCGUCCUGCGCGCCGGGCUCGCUCCUGGCGAAGCUGCCGGCGGGGGCGGCCGGCGUCGCGGGCCUCGCGGGCCUCGCGCGCUCGGGCCUCGCGCUCCCGGAGCAGGUCGCGGACACGCAGAGGGUCGGUAACAAGUUCGCGCUCUGCCUUCCCAGCGCCGGCUCCGGCGCCGGCGUGGCCAUCUUCGGCGGGGGCCCGCUCUUCCUCCUGCCGCCGGGCCGGCCAGACAUCAACGCGACCCUGGCCGGGUACACGCCGCUGCGCAAGCACGUCGAGUCCCCCGGGUACUACAUCUCGGCCGACAAGGGCAUCGCCGUGAACCAGGCCCGGCUGCAGCUCGACGACGGGUACGGCGCGCCGUUGGUUCUCGGGCUGUGCUCCACGAUCCCGUACACGGCGCUCCGGCCCGACGUAUACCGUGCGUUCAUCAAGGCGUUCAACACGGCCACGGCGGGGAGGGCGAGGAUCACGCCGGCGGUGGCGCCGUUCGAGCUGUGCUACAACUCGACGGAGCUGGGGUCGACGCGGCUGGGCUACGCCGUGCCGCAGAUCGACCUGAUGCUGGAGGGCGGCAAGAACUGGACGUUGUUCGGCGGCAACUCGAUGGUGCAGGUGAACGACAACACGGCGUGCCUCGCAUUCGUGGAGAUGAAGCAGGAGGAGGUGGACAAGCAUGGCGGGUCGCCGGCGGCGGUGAUCGGAGGGUUCCAGAUGGAGAACAACCUGCUAGUGUUCGACGAGGAGAAGCAGCGGCUCGGUUUCAGCUCGCUGCUGUGGGGCAGGCAGACGACGUGCAGCAACUUCAAUUUUACCAUGGCUGCCUAGUGCCUAGCUGGUGGUUUUAUGCCAUUGUGUGCUGCGUGGUUGUAUGAGCAUUGUGGUUUUUCAUAGUGAUGAUCGUUUCUCUGAAACAAAACAUGUCACCUGUAAGAUUUCUAUAUUCACCACAUAAUAUGAACAAUAAACUUGUCCACAAAUCAUUUUUUCUAACACAGUAUAAACGCAUAUGAUUACCUACAUGUAUAUACACUCAUCCAUAUAAAAA